AUGAUCAGUAAUAUCGGAGUUCAUGCGAUGACAAGAUCAAUAAACUACGAUGACGAAUGCUCCUGUGGUACAUCACCAACUUGUACAAUUCAAGCCGUUUUCAUUGCAAGAAAUUUUUCAAGAGCACUUGUCAAUGGUAUGAAAGUGGGUUGUACCCCAAGCCAGUCAUUUCUUCCUUCGACUCUUGUUAGUUGUUUCUCGAUGUGUUACCCAUACAAAAACUACUCGGCAACAACCGAUCUACCGAUCAGUGAUAAUUUCACUACAACAACAAUUACUGCGAUCAUAUCUACAACGUCAAAUGCAUCACGUCAAUUUCCGAGUGACUACGUAUUGUAUGAAGAAAAGAUUAUUCAUUUAAUCAAUACUUCUAUGGAACAUAACGAUUCUAAACAACAAUUGCUCAAAUGGAAAAAACGGUUUGUGAUAUCGCUCGGUAUUGCAACAGUGCUUUUCAUUGUCGCCACAACUAUAUUAGCUGUUCUAUAUGGUCUCCAACGAAAUAUAAGACGUGUCAAUCAACUAGUAAACGAUUCAGCUGAUAUCUGCACAACUCCGUACUGUAUCAAAACAGCGAACUAUUUACUUGAAAGUAUCGAUGAAACUAUUGAUCCAUGUGAAAAUUUCUAUAAAUUUGCUUGCGGCAAAUGGAUUAAAAACGCUCGCAUACCGGAAGAUGAUGGUCUCCUAAGUAUAUUCAGCACACUGCAAACUCAAGUCAUUUAUGAUAUUAUCGAUCUUCUUUCAAUACCGUCUAUUAAUGAAACAACUGAACUGAAUUCGGUCCAGAAUGUACGCAAUUUAUAUUCUUCAUGUGUUAACGAAAGCAAUAUUGAAAGAGAUGAUAUUAGUGGAAUACUUUCAUUAAUACAAAAUGAACUUGGUGGAUGGCCAAUUCUACAACAAUUAAAAUGGAAUGAAUCAACAUAUAGUUUGAUGAAUGUAUCCGUUGCUCUGAGUCAAUACAAUGAAUUUACAUUAUUCUAUAUAUUAACAUACAUCGAUCAGAAGAAUUCGUCAAUCCCUUCUAUUUAUAUAGGUCAAGGUAAUUUGGGUCUGGGAGAUCCAAGUUAUUAUACGAAUGACACAUCAAUUACAAAAAGUUAUCGACAGUUCAUGAGAAAUGUUAUUCUGGCGUUCGAUAAUCAUACAUCGAUAAAUAAUACUGAUAUUGAUGAGAUAUUUAACUUUGAAAAAUCUCUUGCUCAAUCUUUCUGGAGCAAAGCUCAACGGUCUGGUUUACUAUUCAAUUGUACAACUUUCGGUAAUCUAUCGAUGUUAAUGAACACAUCGGGAGAUUUCAAUUUUUCUGAAUAUCUCCGACGUGUUUAUCUGUUUGGAAAUGUGACUCUUGUCGAUACAGAUAUAAUCAACAUUAGUGAAUUGAAAGUUUUGCAGAAUGUUGCGAAAAUACUCGAACAAAACUCUCCUCACACGAUUCAAAAUUAUUUCAUUUGGCGUUUUAUCAUGAGUCACAUUGACCACAUGCCAAAACGGUUUCGUUCUCUGAAACAAGAAUUUCGACGCGUUACCAAAGGUUCGACUGUAGAAAAUCCUCGUUCACAUAUAUGUGCCAGUUAUAUCAAUAAAAAUAUGGGUAUGAUAGUGUCCAGACUUUACAUUAAGAAAAGAUUCGAUGAAACGGCUCGGCAAGAAGCAAUUGAUAUGAUCGAAAAUAUUCGAUUGACUUUCACUGAGAUGAUUAGCCAAGCCAUAUGGAUGGAAGCUGACUCGAAGAGCGUUGCGAUAGAAAAAGCUCGAUUGAUAACUGAAAGAAUCGGAUAUCCUGAUGGAUUGAAUGACGACAAUAUAGCAGAGUUGGAAGAAAAAUACAGCAAAUACAAAUUUAAUUCCUCAUAUAUCCAGAAUGUGUUAUUAAUGCUACAAUUAAAUGUUAAGCAUAGUCUUCACAAACUUCGUGAAUCUAUCGAUCGAAAAGUCUGGGAAUACAUUCUACCGAGCGAUGUAAAUGCUUAUUAUCGUUUUACAUUUAAUGAUAUUACUUUUACUGCCGCAAUUCUUCAAACACCUUUUUUCCAUAAAGAUGCACCGAAAUAUUUGAAUUAUGGUGGUAUUGGUACAGUUGUAGGUCAUGAAUUAACACAUGGCUUUGAUAACGUUGGUCGACAGUUUGAUAAAAACGGCAAUAGACUUCCUUGGUGGACGAAUAACACGAUUAACAGAUUCAUCAACUUGACGAAAUGCAUGAUCGAUCAGUACGACAAUUAUUCAGUAGCUCAAAUUAGUAUGGGUUUGAACGGAAAACUAACAUUGGGUGAAAAUAUUGCUGAUAAUGGCGGAUUGAAAGAAGCUUUUUAUGCUUAUCAAAAAUGGUCAGGCAUGAAUAAAAAGAUUGAUAAGAAACUACCGGGCUUAACAAAAUAUUCUGCAGAACAGAUGUUUUUCUUGAGUUUUGGUUCAGUUUGGUGCUCAAAGUUGACAGAUCAAAUGGCGAAGAAAUACAUUUUGAUCGAUCCGCAUUCACCAACUGAAUUCAGAGUCAUUGGCUCAACAUCGAACUUUGCCGAAUUUGACCAUACAUUUCAAUGUAAACCAGGCCAGGGAAAUAGUCGAAAGGACAAAUGCGUCGUAUGGUAA